AAAGAGCUAACCUCUGAAUACCAAACUAUCCUUCUAGAGGAAGAAGAUUUAUGGAAGAUGAUUUAUGGAAGAUGAAAUCUAGAAUCAACUGGCUUAAUGAUGGUGAUCGCAAUACUAAGUUUUUUCACCUUAGCACCAUCUCUCGAAGGAAAUCCAAUAGAAUCCUAUCUCUCCUUGAUGAGAACAAUGUUGAAAUUUCCUCACCCAUGGAUGUUAGUAACUUUAUUACUAACUCCUUCCAAAAAUUGUUCACCUCAAGGAAAUCCUUUUGUCCCAUCCUUUCUAAUCUUGAUUCUACUUGGAUCCCACCUCACCCUCUCUUCAAUUCUAUCCCCACCUUCUGUUCUGUCCCUUCAGAAGAUGAAAUCUUGAUGGCCCUUAAUUCUUUUCACCCUCUUAAAGCUCCUGGAAGAGAUGGCCUACAUGCUAUUUUCUUCCAAAAAUUCUGGCCAUCCACCAAAAACAUCAUUUGUGCCAUUGUUUCCUCAUUCUUCACAACUGGGAACCUUCCAGCAGACAUCAACCAAACCAUCAUUACCCUUGUCCCUAAAAUCCUUAACCCAACUCUUAUCUCCCAUUUCCGCCCCAUUAGUCUAUGUAACACAAUCUACAAAAUUUGUUCCAAACUUCUUGUUAUUAGGCUUCGUCCUUUCCUCAAUGACUUAAUCAGUCCCUUUCAAUCUAGUUUUAUCCCUGGGCGACUUGCUGUUGAUAAUGCCAUCAUUGCCCAAGAACUUGUGUCAGCCAUGCAAAAAAAAAAGGGACGAAUGGGUGAUAUGGCUAUUAAAAUUGACCUCAACAAGGCUUUUGACAGCCUUGAAUGGGACUUCAUUAAAAAUUGUCUCAGCCAUUUUAGGUUUCCCCCCCUUUGGAUCAAGAUGAUUAUGUCAUGUAUCUGCACCACUUCUACCUCAAUCUCCAUUAAUGGCUCACUCUCUGCAGAAUUUUCUCCGUCCUGUGGUAUUCGUCAAGGUGAUCCACUUUCACCAUACAUAUUUAUCCUAUGUAUGGAAUAUCUCUCUUUUCUUAUUGAACAAAAAUGUCAAUUGGGAUGUUGGAAACCUCUUAAAGCGUCCAGAAAUGGACCUCUUUUUUCACGUAUCUUAUUUGCGGAUGACAUUCUGCUAUUUGGAAAAGCAAAAAUCUCCACUGCUUUAGCCAUUAGAGAUGUCUUGGAUAGUUUUUGUGAAUCCUCAGGUCAAUCCAUCAACACUCAAAAAUCCAAAAUCAUUUUCUCACCAAAUGUUUGUGCAGAAACUAGCAACUCUAUCUGUGCCAUUUUGGGCCUUAAAAAAGCCACAAGUAUGGGUAAAUACCUUGGGUUUCCUAUAGUAUCUAAGAGGCCUACUAAAUCUGACCUUGAAUUCAUCAUUGACAAGGCCAAACAAAAACUCUCAGGCUGGAAAGCUAAACUUCUGUCACUUGCAGGAAGACUUACCUUAAUUAAAUCAACCCUUUGUGCUCUUCUUAUGCAUGUUAUGCAAUGUACCUCACUUCCUGUCAAUAUCUGCACUUCUCUUGAUAAACUCAUUCGUGACUUUCUCUGGCUUGAUGAACCUGAUAAACGCAAACUUCAUCUCAUUAGCUGGGAUACUGUUUGCUUACCUAAAGAACAGGGUGGAUUAGGUAUUAGGAAGUGUAAUAAGCUUAACCAAGCUUCUAUUCUUAAGCUUAUCUGGCGCUUCUUCACCUUGCCACACUCUCCUUGGGUUAAACUACUCCAAGCUAAAUACUCCUUCCAAAGAUCUACCAAUCCCUCUUCCCACAUUUGGAAAGCAAUGACCAAAAAUUACCCGUCCUUCCUUGAAGGAAUUUCAUGGAACAUCAACAAAGGCACUCAAGUCAAUUUCCUUCAAGAUCAUUGGCUCCCCUUCGGCCCCAUUGAUAAAAACAUUCAUGGUCCUUUCUCUGUUGAGCAUUCCUCCUUCACAGUUGCUGAUACCAUUGCCUUCCUCUCUACUUUUGGAGAGCUCCACUGUCACCUCCCACCCUCACUUGAAUACACUGUCCUUUCCCACCUCGCACUUGCCAAUCCCCUGGAAGAAGAUUGUGUCUCUUGGAAAUUUUCUCUUCAUGGAUCAUUCACACUCUCCUCUGCUUACCAUAUGGUCUGUAAUUUUGAGUCACAAAAUAGGGGAGUCUCUUGGAAUUGGAUUUGGAAAUGUCUCAUUAUUCCCAAAAUUAGUUUCUUCAUUUGGUUGCUUGCUCAUGACAGAAUCCCUUCUAGAUCUCUUUUAGCCUCUCGUGGUAUACAAGUCCCUACUGCAUGCCCUCGUUGUAACUCUGCCCUAGAAACAGCCCUUCACCUUAUUAGAGACUGUCCUGUUAUCAUUAAUUUCUGGAAAUCCAUAUCCAUCCCAUCUGCUCUCUAUGGUAGUUUCCAACUUAACCUCUUUAGUUGGCUUAAAGCUAACUGCACCUCUAAACUUUGGGUCACCCAUCCUAGAAUCCCUUGGGCAACUUAUUUUUGUUACCUUGUUUGGAACCUAUGGCGUGAUAGAAACAAUCUUUGUUUCCACAACUACUCUAACUUGCAGGAAAUUGCCUCAAAAAGUAUAGGCCUUACUGCAGAAUUCUGCUCCUCUAAUCCCCAUCUUAGGAGAAUUAAUUCCUGCACCUACCUUCCUAUUAGAUGGCUUCCUCCAAGGGAGGGGUGGUUUAAGCUGAACACUGAUGGAUCUUCUAACUUCACCCAAACCUGCACUGGUGCUGGUGGAGUAAUUAGAAAUCAUGAGGGUACUUGGGUCAUGGGCUUUGCACAGAAUCUUGGAUAUGGAACAAAUAAUGAUGCUGAGCUUUGGGGCAUCAAAAUCGGCUUGGAAUUAGCUGCGAAAUUAAAGAUUAAACUGCUUGAAGUGGAAACUGAUUCUACUUUUGUAGUCAAUGCUCUAGCAGAUUGCUCUGUGAAAUGCUUAAAUCAUAGGACUUUGAUUGCAUCUUGCAGAUUGUUGACCCAAUAGUUUGAACAGGUGCUGAUCAAGCACACAUAUCGUGAAGCAAAUGGUGUGGCUGAUACACUUGCCAAGCAUGGAGCACUCAUGGAAGCCCCUUUUGUCACUUUUGAUUCUACUCCGUCUUUUUGUUCCUCUAGUUACUCUCAUGAUAGAAAUGGUUGUAUUGUGUAUCGGACCACUUUUUGUAAAACUUAAUUUGCUUCAAUGAAAUUCCCAUUUCCAC